AUGAGUGGUGGAGUUUAUGGUGGAGAUGAAGUUGGUGCCCUGGUAUUUGACAUUGGCUCCUAUUCUUUCCGAGCUGGUUAUGCUGGAGAAGAUAGUCCCAAAUCUCUCUCUGUUCUGCUCCCCAGUCUCUCUCUCUGUUCUGCUCUCCUGUUCUCUCUCUGUUCUGCUCCCCAGUCUCUCUCUGUUCUGCUCCCCAGUCUCUCUCUGUUCUGCUCCCCAGUCUCUCUCUGUUCUGCUCCCCAGUCUCUCUCUGUUCUGCUCCCCAGUCUCUCUCUGUUCUGCUCCCCAGUCUCUCUCUGUUCUGCUCCCCCAGUCUCUCUCUGUUCUGCUGUCUCUCUCUCUCUCUCUCUCUCUGUUCUGCUCCCCAGUCUCUCUCUCUCCUCUCUCUGUUCUGCUCCCCAGUCUCUCUCUCUCCUCUCUCUGUUCUGCUCCCCAGUCUCUCUCUCUCUCUCCUCUCUCUGUUCUGCUCCCCAGUCUCUCUCCUCUCUCUGUUCUGCUCCCCAGUCUCUCUCUCUCCCUCUCUCUGUUCUGCUCCCCCCAGUCUCUCUCUCUCUCUCUGUUCUGUUCUGCUCCCCAGUCUCUCUCUCUCUCUCUCUCUGUUCUGCUCCCCAGUCUCUCUCUCUCCUCUCUCUGUUCUGCUCCCCUCCCUCUCUCUCUCUCUCUCUCUCUCUCUCUCUCCCCCUCUCUCUCUCUCUCUACCUCUCUCCCUCUCUCUCUACCUCUCUCUCUCUCUACCUCUCUCCUCUCUCUCUCUACCCUCUCUCUCUCUCUACCUCUACCUCUCUCUCUCUCUACCUCUACCUCUCUCUCUCUACCUCUACCUCCUCUCUACCUCUCUCUCUACCUCUCUACCUCUCCCUCUCUCUCUCUACCUCUCUCCACCUGGCUGAACUUCCAAGUGCUGUUGGUAUUGUUGAUGAGGAAGUUCCAUUCACAGAUAAUGAAAAUGAAGCCCAAGCAAAAACUGAAAAGAAAUAUUACAUUGACACUCCUUACUUAAAAGUACCUCGAAAAGGGAUGGAGGUUACCAGCUUUUUAAAAGAUGGCAUGAUUGAAAACUGGGACACCUAUGAGAAAAUUUUGGACAAUGUUUAUGCUCGUCAUAUCAAAUCAGAAUCUCACCUUCACCCCGUUAUGAUGUCGGAACCAGCCUGGAACACAAAAGCCAAGCGAGAAAAGCUGACUGAAGUAAUGUUUGAAAAAUAUAAUGUCCCUGCAUUUUUUCUAUGCAAAAAUGCAGUUCUUUCAGCGUUUGCUAAUGGACGUUCAACAGGUUUGAUUUUAGACAGUGGGGCUACACAUACUACUGCUGUACCUGUUUAUGAUGGCUAUGUGCUCACCCAAGCCAUUGUCAAGUCUCCGCUGGCUGGAGAUUUUAUUAUCAUGGAGAGCAAAAAGUUAUGUGAAGAUUUAGAUAUAGAAAUUAAUCCACCAUACCUCAUACAGUCUAAAGAGGCUGUGCCAGAAAAUGAACCCCCUAAAUAUAUCAAAAAAGAAGUUCCGGAAGUGACAAAAUCAUUCCAUAAUUAUAUGGUCAAAGAUGUACUUCAAGAUUUUGUAGCAACUGUAUUGCAAGUUUCUGAUACACCUUAUGAAGAAAGCCAAACAGAGACUAUGCCUUCUUUGCAUUAUGAAUUCCCUACUGGCUACAACCAGGAUUUUGGCUAUAAGAGAUUCAAAGUGAGUGAAGGACUGUUUGAUCCAAGUAUCAUCAAGGAUGUUCCUGGGAACACAAUGCUCAGUGUAGGACAUGUUGUCACCACCAGUGUAGGCAUGUGUGACAUUGAUAUUCGACCUAGUCUCUACAGUGGUGUAAUUGUUGUUGGUGGUAACACACUGCUUAAUGGAUUCACAGACAGAUUGAAUCGGGACCUUAGUACAAAGACUCCUCCUAGUAUGAGAUUGAAGAUCAUUGCAGCAACAGGUACAGCUGAGAGACGAUUUAGUAGCUGGAUUGGUGGUUCCAUCCUUGCUUCUCUGGGCUCCUUUCAACAGAUGUGGAUUUCUAAGCAGGAGUAUGAGGAAGGAGGCAAGGGAUGUGUGGAGAGAAAAUGCCCGUAA